AUGCGAACGAUCCUUGACUUGUUCUUAGUUCGCGUUUGCAAGAAGUGUAUACCCCGCGCCUUUGUCUGGUAUGGCAAGGCCGCCGAGCAAGUACGCCUCAUCAGCAGCGACCUUAGCGAUGCAAUACUCCACCCCACCACUUUCUCAAAGUACUUUGUGGUCUACGAUCCUGUCCGCGACACGAACGACAAAGGCCGGAAUUUCAUCUUACAGAUCCACGUGGACAGCGUCCUCAAGCAGUACAAGGACCUUGGCACGUCGAAGUCGUCCGAUUAUUCGAAAAGAAUCAAAAUUUGGUUUGAUGAUAUGCACAAGUGGGAGAUCAAAGAGGGCAAGGAAAGACGGUUUGCAGACAUCAAGGCCCGCCUUCGCCAGGAAGGUUGGGGAAAGGAACUAGAUAACAUGAGUGCUCACGACAUCGUUCAGAUGUCCAAGCUCCCCUUCAUUCGCCAGUCUGACUGGCCAAAGGUGAUGGGCGUGCUGGAGGACCGGCUCACCAAGGCGCGUAUGUACCGGACGCAAGACGAAUACCGAGAUGUGCUCCGUGCCCGCUUGGACGCGCUCAGAGCAGCCAUCGUCAAGCAUUGCGAUCAACUUCCACAGACCUCCUCAAUCAUAACUGCCACGCCUGCCCCGAUCGACUUCGCGUACAUGCGUAAAUGUCGCGUCAUUCUAGACCUCCCGCUCUCCGAGACCGUGACCGCCGACCACUUCGCCUCUGUUGUUCCCGAUCUUGUCACUCGGUGGAACAAGGAUGUCAAGAAACAGCUCACGCGCUACAUACGCCGAUACAUCCCACGUACUCCCACCGGUGUCGAUCCGCUCGGCCUCGCUAUCGCGGUGUUUACAUGCUGCGACUCUUCUACCGCUUCCGACAUGCGGUACCCAGCGAUUCUCAAUCACCGGUGCCUCCGCCGAGCACAGCUCAAGAUUCCGAGUGCGCAGGACGACCUUUACUCGCGCGUGCUCAUGCAACCUACGACGCGCGCGGAGUGGCUCGCGCUCUACUACCAUGCGGACGAUGAGAACCCCCCACCCACCAGUGAUGUGCCCUUCGACGCGAGCCGUCUCAAAGAGGGGCGCGCGGCGAGUGCAGCUAUCGAGCACUUGCGCAGGAUCGUCUCUGCACUCGGGCUUGACGCGAAACGGGCGACCAUCGACGAAUUGAAGGCAUGCGGGGGCUCGCUGCGCUGCACUAACUCGAAGUGUGAGCCCGCGUGCUCCAAGGGAGUUGUGAAACGCGCGUACGACUGGGCAGCGGCGUUCAAACACGUGCACUCUGCCCGCGACAUUGCGGUAGCCCAAGUUAUGUGGCAGCGCAUCGACUACCCAGAAGUAUUAGCGACUGUACAGAGCCUCAAAGCGCGCGAAGACCUCUCUUCCAAAGAAGCGUGGUGGUGCUGCUCAUCGUGCCUUGACUUUGAUGCGGGCACUCCAGGCAUGAAGGCACAUCUCAGUACACAGCAUGAUAUCAAGGAUAUUCACCAGGCUGUCUGUGACGGGUCGAUCUACAGUCACUCUUCGAAGGCACACAACGAGGGGUACUGUAUCGAAAUUCCCGUUCUUCAUGCACGACCACGGGCCCAGUUCUAA